AUGUACCUUCUAAAGGCCCUCUUCUUUCUCCUGAACAUACCUUCUUCUUCAGCCAGGGAAGAAAAGUUCCCCUGCUUUGACCAAAUCAAUCCACGAGUCCACAGAGAUGGAGACCUGGUCAUUGGUGGGUUUUUCCCCCUGUAUUUAAUGGCAGUGAAGAGUUUCACAGGAGCUGAGCAUCCACACAAGGCCUGUAAUGUACACCAGUGGCUACACAAAAAUUACCAGCAGGUUCUGGCCCUGAUGUUUGCUGUGGAGGAGAUCAACAAGGACCCCUGGCUGCUACCUAAUACUACCCUGGGAUUUCACAUUUACAAUACCUACCAUAGUGAUGCCAGGACAUUGGAGAGCUCCCUGAGGUGGCUUUCUGGAAAGGAUCAGACCACCCCUAAUUAUAGUUGUCAGAAGAAAGACAAGUCCAUUGCUGUUGUUGGAGGAGCCACAUCUGCUCUUUCAGUCCAGAUGGGGACACUUCUGGAGCUCUACAGAAUACCACAGUUAAGUUAUGGCCCAUUUGAUCCUUCCCUGAGUGACAAGGCCCAGUUUCCUUCCCUCUACCAGAUGGCCCCUCAGGACUCCUCCCUGCACCUGGGUGUUGUCCAGCUGCUGUUACAUUUUGGCUGGACUUGGGUGGGACUGGUUGUCACCAAUGACAUGAGAGGUGAGAAGUUUCUCUGGGACAUGGGUGAAGAGAUGAGAAGAAACAAAGCCUGUGUGGCCUUCACAGAGAAGAUCCCUGUCAGUGAGAGACGCCAUGCUGAAUCUGUGGAAGGUUUUAUGCCAAGAAUUGCGGCAUCAUCAGCCAUGGUGAUAAUCAUCCAUGGUGAUACAGACUCACUGAUGAACCUGAGAUAUUCUCUGGCACCUGUAUUUGGACUGUGGAAGGUGUGGAUUAUCACAUCACACUGGGAUGUUACCAUGAGACCCUACAAUCAUGAUGGUGAAACUUUUCAUGGAGCUCUCAUAUUUUCACACCAGACAAGUGAGAUUCCUGGUUUCAAAGCCUUUCUCAGAACGGUCACCCCAACCAAGUACCCAGGAGAUAUUUUCCUUAAGAGGUUUUGGGUUUCAGCAUUUGAGUGUCCAAAUGAGCCAACCAAACUGGAGCAAGAGGACUGUUCACUGAAUGCUUCCUUGGAAAUGCUGCCAUUGCACUAUUUUGAUAUGACCAUGUCUAGCCUCAGUUACUCACUCUACAAUGCUGUGUAUUCUGUGGCCUGGGCUCUUCAUGAAAUGCUCCAGACCAGAUCAGAAAUGGGAUCUGUGAUAAAUGAAAUGAGCUUGAUGCCUCAACCAUGGCAGCUUCACUUACCUCUGAGGAAUAUUUCCUUUAACAACACUGCUGGGGACCAGGUGGUUCUGGAUGAGGAAAAGAAUCCUGCGGCAAAAUAUGAUAUCAUGAACUAUAGGAUGCUGCCUAAUUAUGAUGAGGUUCUGGUGAAAGUGGGACAGUUUGUCCCCCAGUCUCUACUUGGUCAAGAUUUCACCAUUUGUGAAAAGGAGCUAUAUGAAAAGAGGAUUGAUUUGAAGACCCUUCAGGCUGUAUGCACUGAUCACUGUGGAUCUGGAUUCAGGAAAAUUGCUCAGGAGGGAAAGCCUGUCUGUUGCUUUGACUGUGCCCAGUGCCCAGAUGGAGAGAUUGCCAGCCAGAGAGAUAUGGACAAUUGUGUGAAGUGCCCAGAAGAUCAAUAUCCAAACAGGGAGAAAGACCAGUGCUUUCCAAAGGUAAUAACCUUCCUCAGUGUCCAAGAACCUUUGGGGUGGACUCUGACCUGCAUAGCUCUCUCCUUCUCUCUCUUCACUGUUCUGAUCCUUAUUAUCUUUGUGAAGCAUCAAGAUACGCCCAUCGUCAAGGCCAACAACCGGGAUCUCAGCUACACUCUUCUCAUCUCUCUCAUCUUUUGCUUCCUCUGUUCUUUGCUUUUCAUUGGACGUCCUACCACAGCAACCUGCCUUCUUCAGCAGACAACAUUUGGAGUCAUGUUCACAGUGUCAGUUUCCUCUAUUUUGGCCAAAACCAUUAUGGUCUUUAUGGCCUUUAAGGCAACAAGACCAGGCAGCAGGAUGAGGAUGUGGAUGCAGCCAAAGGUUUCCAAUUCUCUUGUCCUCCUCUGUUCUCUGAUCCAAGUGAUUCUGUGUGGGAUAUGGUUGAGGACUUCACCUCCUUUCUUAGGUACAGACACUGACUCUGAGCCUGGCCACAUCAUCAUUGAGUGUAAGGAGGGUUCUGUAAUUUUCUUCUACUGUGUCCUGGGCUACAUGGGCAUCCUAUCCCUGGGCAGCUUCAUGGUGGCUUUCCUGGUCAGGAACCUUCCUGACACCUUCAAUGAAGCCAGGUUCAUCACCUUUAGCAUGCUAGUCUUCUGCAGUGUGUGGAUCUCUUUCCUCCCCACAUACCAGAGCUCCAAGGGGAAAAGAAUGGUGGCUGUGGAGGUUUUUGCCAUCUUGGCCUCCAGUGCUGGGUUACUGGGCUGCAUCUUUUUUCCAAAGUGCUAUGUGAUCCUGGUAAGGCCAGAAAGAAACACUCUGGAAUGGUCAAGGAAUAAAGCAGAUAACAGAAUCAAGAACUUGGGUGCAGAGACUCUUCCAAGGACAUGA